CUCUUCAAUAGGAGAUAAACUGCAGAAAAACUUCAGAGAAAAUGACAACUCAGUUAUUUUCUAAAAUAUCUUUUGUUAGCAAGAUUGCUGAUUUGAUGAAAGCCACAUCUGAUGAUGACAAGCCGAUACCUGGUUAUUUAUAUAAAGAUGUGUCUGACAUAACUCACAGUUCGUUGGAAAACUGUGAGACCUGUGUUGGCUUCCUAGUUGAGCGGCUACAGCACGAGUCAAACCAUGUCAAAAUAAAGGUGUUGAAGUUAAUGAAGUAUAUAGUGAAGAAUGGGCAUCCUAACUUCCGACUCGGGUUGAUGAAGAAAUCUACAAUCAUCCAGGAGAAUACAAAACACAGUGGACCUCCAGACCCGUUACAUGGUGAUGUUCCCUACAAAAUGGUCAGAAAAACUGCGCAGGCAGUGUUGGAGCAGCUGUUUGACUGUGAGGUCACUCCGCAGAAAAGCAGCCCUGGCUUCAGUCAUGUUGGUAUUGGUCCGUCUACGAGUGGUGGAAAAAUGGAGGGAUUUGGUAACACACCGCAGUUCAGCAACAAAUCCCUUGGUGAGAGCCUGAAGGACUCGCUGGUGUCAGCUGCCCUGAGGCUGGGAGAGGGGGGUGAGGAUAGGGAGCGUGAGGUGCUGGGCUCGCUAGAGGGCAGCACAGGCUACACUCCUCCUCAACCUGCCUUCACACAGGCCCCACCUGCACAGACAGAGGUCCCCAUGGUGGAAAAGGCUAAACCAGCUCCAAAGCACAUUCCUGGCAAGGCAGGGGGAGGCUGGGAUGACAGUGAUGAUGAUGAUGACGAUGAUGAUGUCACUGAUGAUGUCAUCACUGCUGAUGAUGAUGUCAUCAGCUCAGGCAACCAAUCAGAUGUUGCCCAUAGGUUAGAUAAUGUAUCUGUGAGUGAUUUUGAGUCUGAGUAUGGCCUGGUAACAAGCUACCUGGGGAAACCUGGCCUAGUUAACAGUCCUUUGCUGAAGAGACAACAGCUCAAGGAAUUCCUACAAGAGUGUGGUAGUCUCAACUGUGAUAGGGUGGUGGAUAUUGUCAACACAAAAUUGAGCCAAUCCGGGGCAAAUGAAAGAGAGAUUAUUAGAGACCUGCAGUUGCUUGAGACAUUGACAACAUCUGACCUGGUCAGUCUGGAGUGGAUUGUCAGUGUGUGUGAGACCAGCCUGGUCGCUCUGGUCAGUUCUGGACAUAAGGCGGGCAGCAAGGCAAGAAAGCUGAUCCGAAUCCUAGAGAAGCUUACAAGUCACAGCCAUAUACUGCCAUUACCUGGGGAACAAGCCAUGAGAGAUAAUGAAACUUAGCUACAUGCUGAUGUCCCAUGUUUACUUAUUCGUUAUGAUUCAUUAAUAAAAAAUAUGUGUUUAACCUGUGGUCAUGACUUGCUGUGAAAUAAAUUUAGUCAAGAGGGUAAUAAAAAGUAAACUCUCGGUCACAUAUCCACUGACAAAAGAAUAAAUAUCUAUACACAUAAGACCUUUCUC